GAGAGGGAUGAGCAGUGAACAGGCAACGGCACGACAGAGAAAACGGAAGGCUGGGGGUUGAGGGAAAGGAAAGCACAAUAGAGAGAAAGUGAGCGAGGGAGAGUGACAGGGACAGAGAGAGUGGAGGAGGUGGGGAGGGGGGAUUGGCAUGGUAUACGGAGCAAGCGAGGGAAGAGGAGGGAGAUUUUGAAUCUGUGAAGAGCGACAGAUAGACGGGAGAGUGAGCUGGAGAGGGGACACGUACUCGGAUAGAGAGGAGGAAAGGAGAGCGAGGAUAAACGGACAUUUCAAGUUUUUGCAUGAAUACGAUGAUGGGACUGUACUAUCCUUCCGUGUUGUCGGGCUCUCAGGAUGCAGGAGGUGGUCAAGAGGGUCUCGUCCCCCCAUCCUUCUCCGCCUUCCCCCCUCCUCCCCCUCCACCCCCCCAGAACGGCUUGGCCCUGGAGUACGGGGCCAGUCUGUACGCCGCAGGGGCCAUCCAGGGGUCGGUGGAGGCCGGACAGGCAGGCCUUAACACCCCGACAAGUGUCCCGAACAGCUUAACCACGCACUCAGAUGUGUCGUCACAGAUUGAUACCCAGUUGGUGUGUACAGGAGGUGUUAGCGGGGGUUCCGUAGGUGACGACUCAGAGAAGGGGACCCCCAAACGCCUCCACGUCUCCAACAUUCCCUUCCGCUUCAGAGACCCUGACCUCCGGCAGAUGUUUGGGCAAUUUGGAAAGAUCCUCGACGUAGAGAUCAUAUUCAACGAGAGAGGAUCGAAGGGUUUUGGCUUUGUGACGUUUGAGACGAGCGCAGACGCUGAGAAGGCCAGAGCUGCUCUCCACGGAACUCUGGUGGAAGGACGCAAGGUUGAGGUCAACAACGCCACAGCCAGGGUGAUGACCAAUAAGAAAAUGGUCACCCCAUAUUCUAAUGGAGGAGAGGGGCUCGCCGCUCUACCUUAUGGGCUAUUAAAUGCCAACUCCCCUACAGCCGGGUGGAAGUUGAGUCCAAUGGUUGGAGCCAUGUACAGUCCAGAGCUCUAUACAGUCCCUGGCUUCCCGUACCCUGCGGCGGCUGCCACAGCGGCAGCGACCUUUAGGGGCGCCCACCUCCGGGGUCGUGGCCGGCCGGUCUACAGUGCUGUCAGGGCAGCCCUACCCCAGCAAGCUAUACCUACAUACCCAGGUGUGAUGUAUCAGGAAGGGUUUUACGGUGCAGCAGACCUCUAUGGUGGCUAUGCUGCGUAUCGCUACGCUCAGCCGACUGCGGUAGCUGGUCCUGCAGGAGCAGCGGCUGCCGCAGCAGCUGCCUACAGUGAUGGCUACGGACGGGUGUACACGACAGACCCUUACCACGCUGCACUAAACCCUGCCACAGCUGCAGCCUACGGUGUAGGAGCUAUGGCCACACUGUACAGGGGAGGCUACAGUAGAUUUGCGCCCUACUAAAGAUAACCACAUUUCCCAGGAGCUCUUUCAUCCUGUUUUGAACAAUCUAUAAAAGAGCUCCCUCUGCUGUCCAGGAUGGAGAUUGCAACACGUUGACGCAAGUUUGUCGCCUACCAUGGAAACAUUUAUAUUUCAAAAUCUCCUGCUGUCCACUCUUUUAUCGCUUCAAACAAAAAUAGGAAUGCCAUUUUAAAGACUGGUAGAAAGCCUUGACAAAGAAAAGAAAAUUGAAAAAAAAAGUGUAUUUGAAACAAAUGGCCGCUUGUUUCCAUUGCACGGCUGUAUUAUAGUCCCCCUGUUUCUCCCUCUCGACACUCUCAGCAGCACAAGACACAGAAUGGUCGCCCCCAGCUAGCGUACCUCCAGAGCCUAUCAUGUAACUGGUGUCUGGACCGUUAACUGAACACUGAGACAAACCCCCUACCACACGUAUAACAGCCAAGGUGUAAUGUGGCAUGUACUAUACACAACUCAUACAUCAAGAAUGGAGGCGGAGCCUAGUUAUUGGAAGACAGAACUGUGACUGCCAGUGUCUGCAGGUCUGUGGAGCCUGAAUGAGCGAGAAACCACAGCAACCGAGCACCAAAAGCAUUUUGGAACAGAAAGACAAUUUGCAAACAAAAUGGAGGAUGUGACUCCAUGUUUCCUCUUGUGGGGUGAAGGAGUAUGAGAGAGGAAAUGACAUCAUUGCAGAGAGAGAGAGAGAGAGAGAGAGAGAGUGGAUGGACUGAUGUUUUUUUUAACACUAUUAGAAAUGACUCACUUCAAACUGAGCAGUAAAAGGAUUAUCAUAGCUGUUCCUUACCUCAAAGUUUUCUUAGUCCGUGAAAAUGGGGAACCUUUAAAAAUUGAAUUGUUACAAUUAUGCAAAUAAAUUUAGUUAGAGAGAAAAAAAGUUACCAAAUUAUUAUUAUUAUUAUUGCUGAUUUAUAGCGUUGUCUUUAAUGCGUUAAUAUUGUUAGUUUCAGUGGUUCUCUGAGCACACCUCCACACACAUUUUCCACUUCCCUAGAAACGAGGUCCAGGGGUGUCUACAACAGUGUAGAUAAUAUCUGUGUCAUUCACUACAGUGGGCAACACUACACGUCCCCUCUACAUAACACAAUAUUAUACCAAACUGAACUUCCAGUGCACAACAUCAUAUUCUCACAAUACUUCACACUAUACACAUCACUCAGAACUAUAUAAUAUUUCAUCACUACUAUAGAGGUACCGGCUGGCUUUUUAUUGCAUUGUGAAUGUUAGGCUGAGACAUAUAUCACUGAUAUCAUUGAAACAACCAGAACCUAGUGUCCUAGAAUAAACUUCUUCAGUUAUAUUUCUUUGAAAAGGUAUGAUAGGGAUGUAUUAUUUGGCUAUAUGAUUGAUUUCCCUAACCUGUUCUGUCUUUUAGAAGAGCAGGUAAACAUCAAGUACAGUCUUCCUGAGAAUAGCUACGUUGGUAAUAGAUAGUGAGAUUCUGUCAACAGGCGUUGAAAGAGGGACACCAUCAAUAUGAAAAAUAUUUAAUGCAAAAUACCAUACUAUUGUGCAUAUUUCUAUAUCCUUAUACUCUAUUUCCAAAUGUGGUUGUUUUUGCCUCUUUUUUUUUGUUCCAAAGAUUUGUAGAAAAGCACACUUUUAGUCAUGUGUAUGAUAAAUAUAUUAUCGUUCUUGUGGUUAUGAUUAUAAGUGCGGUCUUUUUAUUUGUUGCAUUAGCUCUUGUUAUAUUUUUUCUAUUGGUAAAUGUUGUUGUUCCUCCUAAAGUAAGGUGACAUUUUCAUUUCAAGAUUAGUUGAAAUCUGAUAUUUUUUUCCCUCUUGUGUUGUUUUCUAGGGCAGAGGGGAAUGGAUUCUUUGGUAGUUCAAAGAGGGAGGGAACCAUAGAGGUAUGCCACUAUGACAUCAGCCUAUCUAGUGUUCUAUAUCUAUGGCGCGAACAAAACGGGAAAGCAUGUAAAACGAAACUACCAAACUAAUUUUCUCAAUGGAAGAAACAGGACUUUUUGGUCCAGACUGAAAUAGGGUGAUGGGGUGGUUGGCAAGCAUUGGAUUGAGUAUUUUUCCUUCCAAAAAAUAGGGAAGGCUGAAAUGUUCGGGCCUCACAAUUUAUUCCAAGUCCAAAGUUUACAGUAGACAAGAAUACGCUGGAAUGAAUGGUGGCCUGACAAGCACUUCUUCUGACCUGGUGAAGUAACCUAGACUCCUCACAUUUCAGUGCUGAAAUGAGUCGGUUGAGGUUUAAAACGGAUGUGAAGAGCGUAGCGGUCGUGUGCUGUCUUGGUUAAAAGCCAUGCGGCUUUGAAUGAUCCAAGUACCGUAUACAACAGGUUGUAAGUGUUAUCGUUUGGUUUGUACAAUGGUAAAUGUUUCAAAGCAGUUUUACAAAGAAAAUGUUAUGUGGGGCAUGAACUAAUUACUAUGAAACAAUAUUUCAAAAUGCUGCAGUCAUUGUUUAUUUUGAAAUGUUUGCUCUAUUUUUCAUUUUAUUUUUGGUUUUCUGGCUGUGUGUACCACUCUUCUCUGUGUGAACUUAAUCUAAGACUUCAACAGGGGUCAAACUCUUCUCUGGUCAUUUGACUUUAUUAUCAUGUAUUGCAAAAGUGGACUGAAAUAUGAAUAACUGAAAAGAUACAGCCAAAGAUAGUUAUUUAUGCCCUAUUUCUUUGGUUACCAAAUUGAGAAACGCAGAGCAAAGUGGAUAAAUGAUUGACAACCUAUUGAAACAAUCAACAUGGGCAACUAGCAUGAUGUCGUUCUCCAGGAAGUAGAGUUUGAGACCCCUGACCUAAAUGUUUUGCAUGAUUUUUCUGUCUUUUGAGAUCAGACUCCAACAGCAUUCGGUUGCAGUAGUCAUCUUUUAUCACUAAACCCCAUUGAGAAUGUUAGGCAGCUAGCCCUUUUUUAUGCUUAGUAUGCUAGUGUAGCAAAGAAGAGCACAGUGCUGUUUGUCAAAGACUCAGGCCCAGUGAUGGGCAAAACAAAAUGGCCACCACAACGAGGCAAGAACACAAUGGCAACGUUCUAAUUUCCAUACCAGCAUAUUACUUUGAAUGCAUACCUUGAUACAGUGCUUCAUACUAAGUAGUAUACUUCUGUGGAUAUUGGAACAGAGCCAUGGAGUAGGCUCCUUGUAUUAUAUUAUACAGUGAGGUGGUUAUUUUUAAUCACUAUAGGUUUCAAAUGGAAGUGACUGUCCUUUUUUGAAUCUCUUCCCCUCUGUCAUGUUUAUCCAUUGGCUGCCAUUAUGCUAUUUUGUUAGUGAAUGUCCAUAUAAAAUCUUUUAUAUAAAAUA